CUCAUGGUGAAAAUGAAACUUUUGUGCAUCGUGCUUAUAUUUGCAUUUACAAAACUUUCUAGUGCUCAAAAUACUCAUGAUCCAAAUUAUUGCUACGCACUUGAUUCUUUGAGACCACAGCAGCAAAGAUGGUCAGAUAGAACAUCAAAUGAGAAUGUUAGAGGAAGUUUAGCCGAGUUACAAGUUUCUUCAUGUACACCAGCAAGAUUUUGGUUUUAUAUGAGGCAUGCAGAUAGAUUACCAAGUAUAAAUGACAUGAAUAGAAUGAGACCAUUUUCCAAUGAACAAACAAUAAAUAUUAUCAACGCCUACAUUGAAGGAAGAAGCAAUCUCUGUCAUCCAGAUUUUAACACCAUAAAUCACUGGACAUUCGAUCCUAACAUAACAGUUGAACAUGAACAGUUUCUGACUGUUUCUGGAUGGAAUAUUGCUAGAAAUAUUGCGAGUCGUUAUCAAGCAGCAUUUCCAACAAUUUUGCCACGAACUUAUGACAGAAAUCGAUUUAUGUUCAGAUACACAGAUCGACAGAGAACUCAAGCCACUCUCAGAGCAUUUGCUGAUGGUCUAUUUGGCGAAGGUGCUUAUAGAAAUGUUUUCUUUCCUGAACCACCAUUUCCAGAUUCUCUAUUAAGGCCUCAUGAUAAUUGUCCACUAUACGAUGAUGCUAGUAACACAGAAGUGGAACGUGACAGAUGGCAAAACUCAGCGGAAUUUCAAGCUAUGCUUACAAGAAUCAAUGAUAAAUUAGGACUAGUUGAUCUACAACGAUUAACAGCUCGACAAGCCCGAACAAUGUGGGAGCUUUGUCAAUUUCAUCAAUUAUGGGAACCUCAUAUUCAAGCACCCUUUUGCGGUGCAUUUAGCCCUUAUGAUAACUUAAGGCUUGAAUAUUUUGAGGAUAUUGAUGCAUAUUAUACAGCUGGAUAUGGAUUGAAUCCAGUAAGGUUAGCUGAAAAUAUGAAUUGUCCACUCAUGCAAGAUUUGUUGAAUUUUUUGACAUCAAAUGAUCCAAAUGAGGAAACUGUUAAAAUUUAUAGCACACAUCAAACUGCUUUCCAAUUAUUCUUAGUAUCUCUUGGAAUUUUUAGAGAUUCAGUUCCAAUAACUGCUGAUAAUUUUGCUGAACAAGCUAAUCGAUUGUGGAUCACAUCGAGAAUGGCUCCAAUGGCAACAAAUAUUGCUGUGAUUCGGUAUAAUUGUGCUACUGGUGGAGAUGAUGUACAAUUCAUAAUGAAUGAGAGUCCAUUGGUCAUUCCAGGUUGUCAAUCAAAUGGUAUAUGCAAAGUAAGUCAUAUUGUGGACCGAUACAGCCGUUUUAUUAAUGCAAAUUGUGAUAUUUUGUCAUGUAGCACCAAUUAACUUGGUUGCGCCAAAAUUAUUUCAAAGUACAUGAUUGGCUGAAGUAAUUAAGAUUUCCUAAAAAUGUUAAAACACUUCAAAAUAAUCUUUGAUAUAUCAAGCUUAUGUCAAGUAUGUAAGGCUAUAAAU